AUGUCUUUCUUUUUCAUCGGGGUCUUACUUGGCGUUCUCCCUCUUGGCUCGAGCCAGUUCCCUCGGGCAUGCGCCAAUUCAGAAAGCCUGUUGAAGAAGGAGUGCUGCCCGGUUUGGCCUGGAGACGGGUCCCCCUGUGGACAGCUGUCCGGUAGAGGAUCCUGCCGAGAUAUCCUCCUUUCGAACGCCCCUCUCGGUCCUCAGUACCCCUUCUCGGGAGUGGAUGACCGGGAAGACUGGCCUUCCGUGUUCUACAACAGGACGUGCCAAUGUUCAGGUAACUUUAUGGGAUUCCAUUGCGGGGACUGCAAGUUCAACUUUGUGGGCCCGAACUGCACCGAGCGGAGGCUGCGGAUCAGGAAGGACAUCUUCCGGAUCAGUGCCGGGGAGAAGAAUCAGUUCCUCGCCUACCUCAAUUUGGCCAAGCACACCACGAGCCGGGACUUUGUCAUUGCCGUCGGGACCUAUGCCCAGAUGAAUAACGGCUCGAACCCAAUGUUCCAGGACAUCAACCUGUACGACCUCUUUGUCUGGAUGCACUACUAUGUGUCUCGGGACACCCUCCUGGGGGGCACCAGUGUAUGGCGGGACAUUGACUUUGCCCACGAGGCGCCAGGUUUCCUUCCUUGGCAUCGACUCUUCUUGCUCAUGUGGGAAAACGAGAUCCAGAAGCUUACGGGGAAUGCGAAUUUCACCAUUCCCUACUGGGACUGGAGAGAUGCCGAGACUUGUACCGUCUGCACAGACGAACUCAUGGGAGGCAGGCACCCCAACAAUCCAGACAUCCUCAGCCCGGGCUCUUUCUUCUCCUCGUGGCAGGUGAUUUGCAGUCGAUCCAAAGAGUACAACAUUCGCCAAGAACUCUGCAAUGGCACCAACGAGGGGCCAUUACUCCGAAAUCCUGGGAACCACGAUAAAGACCGGACACCACGGCUUCCAUCUUCGGCAGAUGUUGAAUUCUGUUUAAGUCUGACCGAAUACGAGGCUGGGACCAUGGACAAAAUGGCCAACUUCAGCUUCAGGAACACUUUGGAAGGCUUUGCGAGUCCAACUACUGCAAUUUCGAAUACAUCCCAAAGUACUUUGCAUAACGCCUUGCACAUCUACAUGAAUGGCACCAUGUCCGAAGUACAAGGAUCGGCAAAUGAUCCAAUCUUUAUAUUGCACCAUGCCUUUGUUGACAGCAUCUUUGAACAGUGGCUCAGAAGACACCGACCCGACCGUGAGGUUUACCCUGCAGCCAACGCCCCCAUCGGACACAACCGGGAAUCCUACAUGGUCCCCUUCAUUCCUCUCUCAAGGAACAUAGAAUUCUUCAUUUUGUCGCAAGACCUGGGAUACGAUUAUGAAUAUCUAGCAAACCCAGAUGACCCUUUCCAGACUUUGUUCGUGCCUUAUUGGGAGCAAGCCCGACAGAUCUGGCCCUGGUUGUUAGGAGCGGCCGUGUUAGGUGGCCUCCUCACUGCACUGAUCGCUGGAUGUGUUGUGCUGGGAUGUCGGAAGAAGAAGAUGAUUUUGGAGGAGACCCAGCCUCUGCUCAUGGAGAGUGAUGAUUAUCAGCACGUGUCCUACCAGUCACACUUAUAA